UCUAGACGUGUUCAUUGGUCCAGUUCCUAUGGUUUUCAAAUUUCCGAGCCACUCGAUUUACUUUUCUUUUCUAUCAAAACAUAAUAAAGUUUGACGCCCCCUUCACGUGAGCGUACCCUGUUUGCAACAUAGCUCCGAUCUCCAACAUCAGCUCAAUUCCGAGUGAGGUGAAUAUGUGUUUCGCGCUAUCUCUAUCCUGGCCCUGCAACUGUGGCCACUCCAAUUCGGAUAGACAUAACGUUCUGUGUUCGCAAGUGAUUUCGGUGACACUUUGCAGCGACCAGUUGAGUUCAUAGCCAGUGAGUUGUUCGAGGCGAUCGAGUUGACGGUCAUGGCUGCGAAGGCCGAUCCUUAUGGAGUGCUGUUCGUCUGCUUAGGAAACAUAUGCAGGAGUCCAUCAGCAGAGGCAGUUUUCAUCAAUGCCGUGAAGAAAAGAGGCCUGGAAGGCAAAUUCAAAAUCGACUCUGCCGGGACAAUAGACUACCAUGAGGGUAAUCCUGCAGAUUCCAGGAUGAGGGCCGCUGCUCUUCGACGAGGAGUGAAGCUCGAAUCCAUCUCCAGACCCGUCCGGGCUUCGGAUUUCAAUGACUUUGACAUCAUCCUGGCCAUGGACAAGAAGAAUAGAGAGGAUCUCUUCAGGCUCCACAAAGGUUGGAAAUCAAAAGCAGGGCUGCCAGAACUAACUUCGGACAAGGUGCAGCUGAUGUGCGAUUACUGCAAAAUUCACGACACGAAAGAAGUCCCUGAUCCAUAUUACGGUGGCCCUCAAGGGUUUGAAGAGGUGCUUGAUCUGUUGGAGGAUGCUUGCGAGGGCUUGUUAGAGUCUCUAGUAUCCAAGAACGCUUAAUCUUGUACAAGUUGAGUCGUUUGCGCUGAGAAUUUACAUGGUUGUAAUAGGAAUCAUCUGCGAUUUAUCUGGUUAUGUAUAGUGGAUUUCCACAGUUAAGUUGAUGGACGUAUGCAAGAUGUUCAUUCAUCCGACUACUUAGUAAUUCUGAAGUGUAAUCAAGGUAAUUCAUGAACCGACCAACUAAUGAUGGUUCUGCCAAAGGCUGUAUAGAUUCGAACUUACCAACGUGCCAACUACCUGUAAGCAUAAAAGAAUUUCCAUUUCCAUUGCUCGUCAAGAGCUGAUGGGUCAAAAAGCAUGAUGAUAACCAUAUCUCGU